GGCGCCUAAUUCACUCGAUGCGGGUUUCAUCUUGGUCUGCCUUCCGCCUCUUUCGUUUACUCUUUCCGCAUCGAGUUCUAUACUCAUCAACUUCCUCCGACCGCUUCUCUCCAGUAAGUGCUCUGUAUCCUAUUCUUCUGCUUCGCAUGGACAAAGUGAAUACAUCCAAUUCCCUUCAUUCGAAGCCCUUCUCUUCUUCCGCCGCCUCGAGGAGAAGCAGCGGGAGAGGGCGGGGUAGGGAUUUUGGCAAGGGAGAUGCUAUCGUCCGCGAGGAUGAUCGGAUUGAUGCCCUCGGUCGAAUAAUGACUAGGAUUCUCCGUCAUAUGGCCGCGGAGGUGAACUUGGAAAUCAGAAGUGAUGGGUAUGUUCGUGUUGCUGAUUUAUUGAAGCUGAAUCUAACUACUUAUGCUAAAGUGCCACUGAGAGCACAUACGAUUGAGGAUGUCAAGGAGGCAGUAAGAAGAGAUAAUAAGCAAAGGUUUAGUCUUUUGGAGGAAAAUGGAAGUCUCCUAAUCCGAGCAAAUCAGGGUCAUUCAAUUAAGAAUGUUACUUCUGAAAGUCUGUUAAAGCCCAUACUAUCAACGGAUGAAGUACAAGUUUGUGUUCAUGGAACUUACAAGAAGAACUUGGAAUCUAUUUUGCAAUAUGGUCUGAAGCGCAUGGAAAGGCUGCAUGUUCACUUUGCUAGUGGAUUGCCUUUAGAUGGAGAAGUAAUUAGUGGUAUGCGAAGAGAUGUCAAUAUUUUGAUCUUCUUGGACUUAAGAAAGGCAUUGCAAGAUGGAAUGAAAUUUUAUAUUUCGGAUAACAAAGUUAUCCUGACCGAGGGGUUUGAUGGCGUAGUUCCGACGGAGUAUUUUGAGAAGAUAGAAACUUGGCCGUGGAGACAAAGCAUACCCUUGCAACAAAAAUUCUGAGGUAAUGUGCCUUUUUAUUUUUGUUUAUAAGCUGUAAGGCCUAGCAUAUAUCUGUUGGACUCCAACUAGCUCAUCAAAAUCGUAGCCAUUGAGUGAAAUAGAAAUCCAGCGAGCAAAGAAUAAUCCUGCUAUGUAUUUAAAGUUGCUUUUCAAAGAAUAUGUAAAAGCUGUACUUCAUGUGGACUCUUGUUGUUCUUCGAACUAUCACAGCAUUUGUUACAGAAGCUGUGCUAAUUAAAGUUUUGAAUAUUCUACAGGGAUUUCAUUUUUACCGUUGUAAUUCGUUCACAUUUUGUUCAGUGCUAAUAAUUGUUUAAUAAAGAAUGUUUGGAGUUUUUGAA